AUGGUUCUCAAGCUCGCAUCUCUGGCCUUUGUAGCAUUCGCAACUUUCGUGGCCGGCCAGACUACACAAGCCGCGCUACACUCGACCUCAUGGAACUCUACCUUUGUGCUCUCGCCUGAGCAACGAGAGUUGGGCAAUUUAACUGAAGACUUGGCCGACCAAAUUAACAACAUCAUAAACUUUGACAGAACACUGCUUGCCAAUGGCGGACCCCACGAAGAUGAGUUCUAUAGUCUCCCGAUAGACUUGCAAAUUCCUAAGCAACCCGGCAAGCUUCUAAAGCUACAGGAAGUAACCGACCUAAGCCCAUUUGCAAUUCCUGCCACAACAGCAAUGUCACGGUUUAUUUACUCAACCACUAAUUUUAACGGCACCCUUAUACCGGCAUCAGCCUACAUCCUUUGGCCAUAUCAUGCGAAGAAGAUCGGUGGUACCAAGGGACAGAAGGUACCCACGAUCCUUUGGACUCAUGGUACAUCUGGCUUCUAUGCCACCGGAGCUCCAUCGACACAUCGCAGCCUCUUCUACCAGGACUUUGUGCCGUAUGCGCUGGCUUUAGCUGGGUAUGCUGUUGUAGCUCCGGAUUAUGCUGGUCUCGGUGUUGGGACCUCCUGGGAUGCAAGUAGUAUUCCUCACCAAUAUGGGCUAUAUCAGGCUGGCGCGGGAGAUGCGCUCAACGCCUUAAGGGCUGCUUUAAACGCAUUCCCAGAGCGGCUAACAAGCAACUAUGUCAGUGUCGGUCAUAGUCAGGGGGGCUCCGUUGGAUGGGGCGUCCCUGAAUUGCUUGCCCAGAGAAAUGGCCAGUUUAAUGAUCUGAUCAAGGGACAUCUCGGCACUAUCUUAUUCGCUCCGCAGACAGAUGGGUUUUCUCUACCCCCAAACGCCCUCCUUACCUGGGUUGGGAAAUAUCUCCGUCAGGUCUUUCCCACAUUCAAGCUCAGCGACUGGCUCACACCUUUAGGUGUCGAUAGAGUUGAGCUCUUCGAUCAGGUUGAGGGCUCACAGAUGGUCAGUACCUUUCUCUUUCAACCCGAAGAGGAAAUUGUGCAGCCCGACUGGAAGAAUACCUGGGAGGCGGCGGCAUUGCAGCAACUCGCGAAUCCAGGCAACAGACCUUAUAAGGGACCCAUGCUAGUUAUCCAGGGCGACAAAGAUCCAGCAGUCAGCUACAACAGCACCUUGGCCACUGCCAAGUCUACGUGCAAGGAAUACCCUGGCGAUCUAGAGUUCCUGGGCGUUCCUGGAGUUGAUCCAAUCGAAGCCAAGGAUAUCUGA